AUGAACAAAAUUUUUCGGCCCUCGACAUUUACGAAUUACUCAAAUCUGUGUCUCUCUUGUCCAUACCCGCGUCCAUGGAGAUUCGACGCGGGGAUGUAUGAGCCGUUGCACCUCACCUUUGACGCCUACCCUAGCGUGGUUCCGCGAGUGAGGGUCCGAGGCGCCAUGGCUCUCUUCCUGGCAGUGACUAUCUUAUGGGCUUUGAUUUGGCUGUUGUACCGCGCCUGGCAGGUUUGCCAGACUUCGAAUGAAGUUCUGGUGGAAAAGCUCGGCUUGGAUAUUCCUCCGCCGCCAGAGCUCACUCUCGAAGACAUCACCGCUCAUGAGAUUCACAUUGCUUGGAAACAACCGGAUUUUCAUAAUUCCAUCCAUAAACACAUUAUCCAAUUGAACGGUAGCAAAGUGGGCGAAACCAAACGGGCAGAGACGGCAGUCGAGAUCUUGAACCUGGUCCCAGGGACCAUCUACCACAUCUGUGUUCUUUCGGUCAGCGCAGCGAAUUUUCAGACCCCGAGUGCUAUCCUUCAUGUGCGAACGAGUUCGUCGCCCUUGUCGCGAUCUGACGGAAAUGAUGCGAUCGGAAGUCCCACCAUUCGCGCUUCGAUUCCCCGGUCGACCACUGGCUUUGCAGCUCCGUCCGCUCCCGUGAUGACCCGUGAACAGAGCGGAGGAGGCUUAUUACAAUCGAAACGACCCCAGGUUGGGCGAAAACAGUCUCCCAUGGCGAGUGGAGUGGAUGUUUCGCAAGGGCAACCAGAGGAAGUUCAGAAGAGCACGGCACAGGACGACGGGGAUGAAACUCUCGAACAGCUCGCCGAUCGAUUGAAAUCUUUGCAGCAUGAAAAUGAGAACGUGGAUAAAUCGAUGGCUGAAGAAGAAGAGGAGCACAUUGCAUUGUUGAAGAAUCUUGAAAGGCAGCGCGAUGAUAUGCGGAGGCGCGUGAAGGAAAAGGAUGAGGCAAGCAACGAGUUAAGGAAACAUGUUUACAAGUUGGAAAGCGUCAAUCGCACCGCGCAAGGUGAAAAGUCCAAACGGGAACGACUUUUGCAGCAAAAGGAAGCAGAGCGUCAGAAACGAAAGAACGACAUUAUUCGAUGGCAGGAGCAGAUUGCGAAGAUGACGGCCGAUGCUGCACAUGUGAAGGAAGAGAAAUCUCGUCUGGAGGAGCAGAGAAAAAGGCGCACAAAUGAAGUCAAAGAGAAGAUCGCCAAGGAACAAUCUGAAAUGAAGGGCAUUGACGAUGAUAUUCAGGACAAAGGCGGACGCGUCAAGAAAUUAGAGGAGGAGAGGAAGGGACACCAGGGAGGCGACAACGAGGAUGGCAAGGAACUGGAUCGAAUUGACAACGAACGCGCGCGCCAAUGGGAAAUCAAGCUGGGUAACUUGCAGUCGCGUUAUGCUGCUCUUGUUGCCCUCCAUGCUCAGACCCAGCAGAAUUACCAAGAUGCACAAGAGCGUCUGAAAUGGCUUGCAAGCCAGCGUCCCGGCAGUACUGGUCCGUUUUCCCUGCCAGCUCUGGAUCUGGAUUUGUCGAACGCAGCGACCAUCCGUCCGCGUCGUCACCGCAGUUCGCUGGCAAGUAACGUUUCCUCGCCCAUCAACUUCGCAGGGAUCGACCCCUCCUUCAUCAACUACAAUCCCCCCUCCACCAGUUCGCCAACUUUCGGUCCAAGCUCAGCGUUUUUCAAUGUCAAUAACGGGAUGGCUUUAUCCGGUGUAUCGGAUCUGCCAGAAGCGUUGCGCAGCGACCUAGAUUUGUCUUUCAAUAACCCCCAGAUGAGUCCCCGCGCGGAUUCCCUACUCCCCUCCGACCUUCUGGGAGAUGAAAUGGAAUCACCAGAACUUCCGCAUCCCGCUGUUCGCUCACGAUUUCCAAACCUUGAACGCAACCCGCAGAUUGAACCUUUUCCUCAUGGACCUCCGUCCCCGGGCUCUUCCGGAAGUCAGCCCGGGAGCCUUUUUGCAAGCCCACACGAGAACCAUAACCAACAGGAAAGUGACUCGCAGCAGGUGUCUUUGGGGAUUGCGGAGGACGCUCCGAAAAGUGCGUCACGAAGACUUUCUGGUCUUUUCGGUUUUAAUCGACCUCGCGGGAAAACUCUUGCCGACGAACCGCCUUUGCUAGGCACCCUAAAGCCAGGUCAAAGUCAGUCUUAUCCACGAAACAUGGACGAUAUGGAUCCUAUUGGUUCUAGACGUCGCCGGCUAAGUCAUACAGGCAAUUGGCCAAACCCGAUAUCCUUGUUUCCCAGAAGCAGCACAAAUAAUGUGACUGCCGACAGUUCUUCAGAUCAGGCACCUUCGCGGCGGGCUGCUUUCUCCAACAUUUUCUCCUCUAGCAGGUUUGGCUUUGGUCAUGGUGCAUCCAAGCACGGAGAGAGCUCAGAUCUAAGUACCGGGUAUAACCAGUUCAGCCCCAGACAUGAUCCGAUUGACCCGUCUUCGAUCCUGGGUACCGUCCGGCGCGGCUCGUUGUCACCAAGACCAUCAUCGACUUUCUCGUUUGACAACCAGUUACCUCAUCCUUCGACGGAUAACCGGCAUUUUGGAUGGCCAUCGGCAGAUAAAUCAGACCACCGGAGUCCACUGGGGUUUGAUUGGGCUUCGCCAUCCACCUGGUCUAGAGGUCUUACACGUCGGCCUUCGUAUGGCUCCUCCGGCCACUUGCCUCUGGGUCUAAGUGGAGAACCGGAUUUCCUCCAGGAUUCUUCUAUCGAGAGACAGAGCCGUCCUCUGCAGGCUCCCAUCGGAACUCGUCCUUCAUCAUCCCAUCGACCAGCAACGCCCAAGUUGAACCCUACGGCACCCUCAUUUACGACCAUCUUUAGCGAGGAGUCGGGCAAGGAUAAAGGCAAAGAGCAAGACGCGAAUGAAUCAUUUGACUUCCAGAUGGACGAUGGGUCGCCCUCUGAAUCACGGGUCUCCCGGGAUUCUCGAUCGUUGUCUAUUUUCACUGAUUCUUACGAAUCCCUGGAUCGGGUGCCAUCGAGCAGUUCUCUCGACAAUAGUGCUUCAAAGGAGUCGUUCAUUCGAAAGCUCACGCGCAAGGGCAGUUCCAGCAAGUUCAGCUCGUGGAAGGAUCGGUCCGGUCUCUUUUCUAGGAAAGGUGAUUCCUCACAGGGUGACAUUGAUGAAGAUCGCGCCAGUGAAGCCCAACUUGGAAAGAGCGUAGACAGUACCACUUCUAGUGCUCCUUCGGCGGACAAGUCAACGCGGAGCCUCAACAUCUUCAGUCGCAAGUCAAAAAAGUCUGAUAAGGCCACGAGCGAGCCAAGUGAGCGAGCCAGCGAGGCCGGGGACGAAGAAACUCCUGUCGAAGCUACGGCAUCUUGA